GAGAGAGAGUGUUCAAGGGAGAAAAUUGAGUUACCAUUCUGAGUUCAGUAAUCUUCCAAAACUCGACACUCAAAAACUGUUUGGGAGUAUUCGGUAGUUAACAUCACACAACAGAAACGAGUCCAGAAUGAAGUGGUGAGAAGAAUCCAACAAUUUCUCUGCAACUGACUGACUUUAAUUUUGAAAAUUUUCAUAACAUAACAGGAGCUCUGUUAGGGGCAAGGCCGUGAAUUCCAGGAGGCUGUUAGGCAAGGAAGGCCGUGAAUUCCAGGAGGUAAGAGAGCUAGAGAGAAAAAGGGAGUUCAAAAAAAUUAAAGUUCCAGUCACUUUCGGACAGGACUUCACACUUCCCAAAACUGAGCAAAUUAUUAUUAAAAAUUUAAAACAAACCAGAGCUUCCCUUUUCAAAAAAAAUCGGCUUCUUUCAAAGUUCAAACCAUUAACCGCUGCUUUUCUCUCUCUUCAAUUUCCCAAAAGAGAGAGCUAGAGAGAGAAAUGUGCUCUCAUUUUUCCACUCUUUUUCAUAUUCCAUGAAUCCUCUGCAUCUCCAAAACAACCCAUUUCCUGCAAACAGAAGUGGCAAUCCAAUCUCCAUUACUUCAUUCACUUCCACGACAAACCCACUCUGAAAAUGAGCCUCCUCCUCCGUUGCCUCUUCUCUCUCCUCUUUCUAUACCCCCUUCCUUCUCUCUCUCUAAACCGUGAUGGUCUCUCUCUCCUCGCCCUCAAAUCCGCCAUUACCAACGACCCAAACGACGUUCUCUCUUCCUGGAACGAAACCCACGAAACCCCAUGCCAUUGGGCUGGAAUCCAGUGCAUUUCCGGCCAAGUCGCAGGAAUCUCACUCUCUGGCCACUCACUUUCCGGCUACCUCCCCUCUGAGAUAGGUGCCCUCUCGCACCUCCGCCUCUUAAUACUUCGCCAGAAUUUCUUCAUCGGAAAACUUUUUCCAGCCAUCGGGAACCUCACCAAUCUGACCCACCUAGACAUAUCAGAUAACCAAUUUAAUGGCUCAAUCCCAAAAGAAAUCGGCAAACUAAGCCAAAUUUCUGGGACUUUAAACCUCUCCUGCAAUAGAUUUUCAGGUGGAAUCCCUGAAACUUUAGGAAAUCUCCCAAUUUUUGUUAGCCUGGAUCUGACCCACAAUGACCUGAGUGGCCGGAUUCCUGCCGCUGGAAACUUGGUAAACCAAGGACCAACUGCUUUUUCCGGGAACCCCAACCUAUGUGGCUUCCCUUUAAAUAAGCCAUGUGAAGUUUCAGAGGUCGCCGGAAAAGUUAAGGGUUUGCCAGAAAAGGUGACACCAAAGCGAAGGAAAGGCCCAAUGGUGCUGAUUUUGGCCGGAAAUUUGGCCGGAGCUGCUGCUCUCGUCAUCUUGGCAACCUUUUUUUGCCGUAAAAGUAGAGGAGGUUGCCGGAAAUGUGAGAAGGGGGGAGAAAGCGGGGGUUUAAGGGUUGUGGAUGAAGCGGUUGUGUAUGGUUUGGAGAGGGAAAACGGGGGUUUGAGGGUUGUGGAUGAAACGUUUGUGUAUGGUUUGGAGGAUCUUCUGAGGGCGUGCGCUUAUGUCGUCGGGAAGGGAAAAAUGGGAAUUGUGUAUAAAGUGGUGGUGGCGGACGGGGUGGCGCUCGCGGUUCGGAGAGUGGCGGAUGGUGGUAGGGCCUCUUUUCUAGGUUUGGGCCAAGGUUCGGUAGUGAAGGAGUUGGAGGCGAUGGGUAGGUUCGGGCACCCGAACCUAGCGAGGCUUAGGGCUUAUUAUUGGGAAAAGGAUGAGAAGCUUUUGAUCUCUGAAUUUAUUAGCAAUGGGAGCUUGUCUCAGGCCCUUCAUGGCAUAUGUGGGCUUAACCGUCCACCCCCUCUUCCAUGGCAAUCAAGGCUAAACAUAGCGAAGGGAGCAGCAAGAGGCCUAGCCCACCUCCACGAGGGCAAAUUCGUCCAUGGGAACAUAAAAUCGUCGAAAAUUCUCCUCGAUGAAAACUUUCGAGCUCGGAUCUCCGAUUUCGGCCUCUGCCGCCUCUUCAAUUUUCACCAUCUGCCCCCACUCCAGAGAGCCAAAGUUCCACCACCUUUGAGCUUCUAUUACUUGGCCCCAGAGGCCAGGGUCCCGGGCCACAGGCCAACCCAGAAAUCUGACAUUUAUGCCCUGGGGAUCGUGCUAAUGGAGCUGCUCACAGGCAGGCCACCGGCCUUUGAAGAAAGGGGGGACAGUAUAGAGCUUGCGAGCUUUGUAAGAGGGGCAUUUCAGGAAAAUUGUGCGCUUUCGGAGAUUGUGGAUCCUGCCCUUCUGAAAGAGGUUUAUGCAAAGAAGGAGGUGCUCAGAGUUUUUCAUGUAGCGCUCGGUUGCACAGAGGCUGAGGCUGAGUUAAGGCCAAGGAUGAAGGGUGUUUCAGAGGCUUUAGAAAGAGUAGGAGAAGUGGGUCAUCUAUGAAGUGACUUUAGUGAGACCCAACUUUUGGUGAAGCUUUUUUGAUGUAUUUUUGUUCUUCAUGAAACAAUCAUGGAGUACUUUGCUGUUCAUCUUCAGUCUAAUGCAAAAGAAAAAAAAAAUUCUUCUAUUC